AUGUCCCAGAGAACGCUCUCACGACUACCACCACACGUCUCUGCGGUAGUCAGCCUUUACUCCAAGGCCGUGGCAAGGUACAGUCUCUAUCCCAGCAAGCCAAUCCAGGAGUACAUGCAACGAACCUCGGGAGAACACGAGCGGUUCCAGAACUACAAACUCAGGGCCAAUGCCUACAACAGCCACGACUUCCCGCCAUUGGUCAGCAAAACUAUACGGCCCAUUUUCAAAGCACCCUUGCAGGUGCUGCCUGGGGAGGAUGUCUCCACAGAAGAGCUUGUUGCAUCGCUUUUCCCCAACCAGCUGGCGGCUACCAGUCCAGUCUUCAAGGAGUCCCUCCACUCACAUUCUCACCGUACCGCCAAACAGAACUCCGACUACACUGCCAGGAUCAUCAGCGCCCUAGCAUCCUACUACAGUCCGUUCCAGGCGGUUCCGCCAGUGGCUUCGUUGCAAAACUCAGUGCAAUGGUACCGCAAGUUACUACAAAACACCCCCAUCGUGUUGGUGCUCCGCAAGAAGCACCGUCUCUUCUCUAGCUCGUCAUUGGCACAGCUAGAUGUGGGCACAGUUGAGAUGGCCCAGAGGGUCACUCGCUUGGGCAACACUGUAGCUCAGGACGACGAAGGCGUGGCUGCCACUCGGAGCUACCACUUUACGAACCUCAACACCAUCGACCUCUUUGCAUUAGCGCUCCAGGAGCACGUCAGCAACAGCACACGUCUUAAGGACACCAUUUUUGCCAGCGAACCUCGCUUCGUGGACCACGACGGAAACACGGUGGAGAAGGCCACCGUCGUCGAAUAUUUGCAGCACCAUCCCGUUCAUGAGCUCAUACGGACGUUGGGAAAGUACGAACAAGCCGAAGAAAUGGGCCAGCUGCUCCCGUUUGAUAUGGAAUACACCUCGCAUCACAUCCUCACCAUCGAGGGCCCAGUGGUGGAACGCAACCACCAGGAGCUCCUCGACAUGUUGGACUCGUCCGAGUUCGAGGUGGUGGCAGCUCGGAUCUCGCUCCAACAUCCUGCCAUCCAUCAGUUCUUCACA